UUCAUCUCGUGUCAGUCUCAGAAUCUCUUUCGCUCCGACGGAUCGUCUCUCCCGGCGCUCUUUCUUUCUUCGUUCGGUAGUAGACGAGGAGGGCUUUCUGCGGCAGAGCGGCAGCGAGCCCAUCGCGCGAGCUCGGAGACGAGCAGCAAAUCAUCAAUAUCAAUCCUGUUCGGUGUAGAUAUUACAGGAAAGCCUGAAGCUGCAAUGCACCGUGUGGCCAGUGCAGGUAACACCUCCAAUUCAACACGCCCUCGGAAGGAGAAACGCUUGACAUAUGUUCUGAAUGAUGCAGAUAACACAAAGCAUUGUGCGGGUGUUAAUUGUUUGGCUGUCCUAAAUUCUAGUACUCCUGGUAGUUGUGAUUAUCUUUUCACGGGGAGCAGAGAUGGGACAUUGAAAAGAUGGUCAUUAAGUAAAAAUGAUGCUACCUAUUCAGCUACAUUUGAGUCCCAUGUAGAUUGGGUCAAUGAUGCAGUUAUGGCUGGUAGCAACCUUGUUUCCUGUUCUUCAGACACCACCCUGAAGAUAUGGAAUCCCUUGUCUGAUGGUGUUUGCACAAGAACUCUUCGUCAACAUUCUGACUAUAUCAUUUGUCUUGCUGCGGCUGAGAAAAAUAGCAAUAUAGUUGCCUCUGCGGGGCUUGGUGGUGAGGUUUUCAUAUGGGACAUUGAUGCAGCUCUCCAUCCAAUUGCAAAGUUUGUUGAUCCGAAAGAAGACGAACAUUCUAAUGGGACAGUGGGACCUCCUAUUUCAAGCCUACGGGGUAUUAGUACGGGAAACAACAUAUCUUUUCAUAACAAUCAAUCUGGUGGAUAUUGUCCAAUUACUGCCAAAGGCCACAAGGAGUCAGUUUAUGCCUUGGCAAUGAAUACCAGUGGAACCUUGCUUGUUUCUGGUGGAACUGAGAAGGUUAUACGGGUUUGGGAUCCAAGAACUGGUUCAAAAGUUCUAAAGCUUAGAGGGCAUACCGACAAUAUCAGGGCUUUGCUUCUUGAUUCCACAGGAAGAUUCUGCCUAUCAGGUUCAUCUGAUUCAAUGAUCCGUCUAUGGGAUCUUGGUCAGCAACGCUGUGUGCAUUCUUAUGCUGUCCAUACUGAUUCUGUAUGGGCUCUUGCCAGCAACCCAGCAUUCACACAUGUUUACAGUGGUGGGAGAGACCAAUCUUUGUACCUGACAGACUUGUCUACAAGAGAGAGCCUUUUGCUCUACACAAAAGAAGAACACCCUAUUUUACAGAUGGCCUUACAGGAUGAUAGUAUAUGGAUUGCGACUACAGCUUCGUCUGUACAUAGGUUGCCAGCUGAAGGACAAAAUCCACAAAAAGUUUUAGAAAGAGGCGGUUGCUUUUUAGCGGGAAAUUUGUCUUUCACAAGGGCAAGAGCUUCUUUGGAAGGAUCAGCCCCCGUUCCUUUAUACAAAGAACCAUCUUUCACCAUUUCUGGAAUACAAGGUAUUGUAAAAUAUGAAAUCUUGAACAACAAAAGACAUGUGCUGACCAAGGAUACAGCAGGUUCAGUUAAACUGUGGGAGAUUACCAAGGGUGUUGUGAUUGAGGACUAUGGCAAGGUUUCUUUUGAUGAAAAGAAAGAAGAGUUAUUUGAAAUGGUGAGUGUACCUGCAUGGUUUACAAUGGACACACGACUUGGAAGUUUGUCUGUCCAUUUGGAUACUCCUCAAAGCUUUUCUGCUGAGAUGUAUGCCAUGGACUUGAAUAUGUCAGGAGCACCAGAAGAUCUCAAGAUAAACCUAGCUCAGGAGACACUCCGUGGUUUGUUGGUUCAUUGGAUGGCUAAAAGAAGGCAUAAAGCUGGGUCACAUGCUUCAUCUAAUGGAGAUGCUACAUCUACAAAUGAUGUUGUCAAAAAUCACCCACACUCAAAAAUUGUAGUGGAUGAUGGUUCAGACAACUACAAUUUUGGUAUUCUCCCUUCUUUUGAAUUUUCUACAGUUUCACCUCCAUCAAUAGUUACAGAGGGUUCACAUGGAGGUCCAUGGAGAAAGAAGAUCACAGAUUUAGAUGGAACAGAAGAUGAGAAGGAUCUUCCUUGGUGGUGUAUGGAAUGUGUUUUAAAUGGCCGAUUGCCUCCAAGAGAAAAUACAAAGUGUAGUUUUCAUUUGCAAGCUUGCGAAGGUUCCAAUAUGCAAAUAAUAACACAAGGCAAAUUGAGUGCGCCACGGAUACUGAGGAUUAACAAAGUGAUAAAUUAUGUACUGGAAAAGAUGGUUCUCGACAAACCAUUGGAAGGUGGAAGCUCUGAUGGCUCAUCUGGUUUGGGAUUGAGUACAAGACAGUCUCAGGUUUCUUCAAUCGGAGAUGUCUCCCUCCGAUCAGGGAUGAAACCUUGGCAAAAGACAAAGCCAAGCAUGGAAAUCUUGUGCAAUAACCAGGUACUGUCACCCGAAAUGAGUUUGGCCACAGUUCGAGCAUAUAUAUGGAAGAAGCCAGAAGACUUGAUCUUGAACUACAGAGUGGCGCAGAACAAAUAGAAAACUUGUAAAUUAGAUUUAAAAAUACACAGCCGAUGCCACUCAGUUGUUGUUUGUUUGUCCAUUAACAUGAAUAAACAAACUAUUUUGAAACUAUAAGUGUUGUAUUAAUAGGUGAAUGCCCGGGUCUUAUAAAUUGUCAUAUAUUUUUGGAACAAUUGUGUAAUUAAAGGAGUGCUGAAUCAACUGACAAGAGAGCUAACAUUGUAUCAAGGAAUAAGAUUUUUUCCUGCCUCCCGGGGCAUGGUGCGGUGGUGAGAGAUGGAGUGUUCUUCCAUGUAAUAAGGGUUUAAUUUUUACACUCAACAUUCUACGUCUGCAUUGUUCGAAUUA